UGACUUGUCAAAUAUUAUGGCACAGACUGCAAUAACUGCAUUUAAACAUUUGGUGUUUGCUCGUUAUUUAUUAAAAAAAUGACUUCUUACGAGUUUUUUGGAUGGGAUUUAUUAUAUCAUGUAAUAGAAAAUGAUAUUCAAAGAAAAGAGGAUAUUUUAGUCGCUUUUAUACAUUGGUAUCUUUUAAAGCAAGGAUUUAGAUGCCUCGGCGCUGGUGAAAAUAGGACAAUUACUUCAAGUGAUGUGCCCAGUGAACUUUUACCAAGGGGUUGGAGUGGUCAAGAAAAAACAACUCUUCGUUAUACUAAAGACAACGAAUUAUACAUUAUGCAUGGCAUGUUUAACGAAGGAUCAGCCUUUUUUAAUUUUUUGAAUGUGGAGACCUUAGUUGUUUCUAAUGCAGCAUUUAUUGUGAAUGAUACUGUUGGUUCUGUCCAUGGUACUCUUUCUGAGCUCAUUCCCAAACACAAUGAAGUGAUAAACUCUAUUAGAUUAAACCUUCUUGAUCCUGUUUUUGCUGGAAGUUCCAGAGAAGCUGAGACUCAGACACCACAAUCCUCCGCAAAUCCAAGACAAGAUUUACCAGAUCCUCUUGUUCGACCUCGCUCACCACCCGGGCGAUCUUUGAAUAUAGAUUUGCUUAGAGAUAUAAAUGAAGCUGGAAGACGGGAUAUGAACCCGGCAGGCAUAGGACGACCAGGACCUACAGGUUUUAAUCCAAAUGGCACUUUUGGGCAUUAUGAUCCUUUCCACCCAGGAUAUCGUGGGCGCGGUGGUUCUCAACCAGGAUUAGGGGUACCAGGUGGUGUGGCAAGGGGUAGCAUAAUACCUGGUGCUAGAUUUGAUCCUUUUGGACCUCCGAAUCCUGAUCAAGUGCGCCCUGGUAGAAGACCACCCCCCGAUAGCGAUCAUAUGCCACCGCCAGGCUUUGGAUAUGAUGACAUGUUUUCAUAG